AUGCUUGAUUUUGAAUAUCCUACGGCCCCGGCUGUGCUCUCUGUAGCCUUUCUGGCCUUCUUGCUUAUCCUACCCGUAUUCAAAGGCCUACCCAAGAGUGUUAAAAUACCCAGACUCAACUAUAUUACCAAGAAUAAUGAUACCACUGAGAUUGUCUCAUUGAUGGUAUAUCCUAUCAAAUCAUGCAGGGGGAUCAAGCUAUCCAAGACGACCCUUCGUUCCCAAGGCCUUGAUCUUGACAGACGCUGGAUGCUCGUCGACGCGGCAACCAAGCAGUUUCUCACCAUUCGCCAAAUCCCCGAGAUGACCCUCAUUAACACCGGGCUGAAUGACGAUGGAGAAUUCCUUCUUCUAAGCGUCUCAGGAGUCAAAGACAGGGUUGUGAAGAUCCCCUCCCAUCCAACCGAGGAAUGGUUGAAGGAAAAUACAACCCUAGCCAAGGUCCAAGUCUGGGAUACCCUUACGGACGGCCAUCUGUACGGGGAUGAAGUGAACGAGAUGUUUUCCGAGUUCCUGAAUCGAAAAGUCUGCCUGGUCUACAAAGGUCCAACUCCACGCGUUAUGCAAGGGAACGGAGAUCCCAGGAUCCUUGGAAGAACGCAGACUGUCAAUUUUCCCGACGUGCAUCCCGUGUUGAUCGGGUCCGAGGCAUCUCUCGCAGAGCUCAAUUCCCGGUUGGCAGAGAACGGCACUAAACCGAUCACCAUCGAACGUUUCCGGCCUAACAUUAUCAUCCGGGGAAACGUACCGUGGAGCGAGGACACAUGGAAGCUCGUCCGUAUCGGCGAUUCCUCAUCGGCUACCCCAGCACGACCAUUGGUGUUGGAUAUCAUCUGCCGCUGUACGCGCUGCCAAGUACCGAAUGUUGACCCGAACACGGCGCAGAAAAACAAGACGCAGCCCUGGGAUACGCUCAUGUCAUACCGCCGUAUCGACGAGGGUAUGAAAUACAAACCCGUCUUCGGCAUGAUGGGUGCACCGAGGAAUGAGGGGGAAAUAGCGGUUGGCAUGAAAUUUGAGGUGUUGGAAGAAACAGACCAGCACCGAUAUAUCAAAGGGUUCUAA